AUGUCGGAUUCAACAUCUACAUUACCCCAACAUAUACCCGUGGUUGCACCUCCAUCUGUUGUUCUAACUCAAAAUGAUGCUGCAGCUCCAUCUACAUCAAUUUUAACAUGCUGUUCGGGACCACAAAGUAUUGAACAAGGAAGUGAUCCAGCUAUAAGUAUGAGUGUACCUCCACAAAUUGGUAGCGUACGGUUUGCAUCAACUAAUACAACUAUUGUAACUAGUAGUGGUUUAAUGUCAUUUGAUGAAUUUUUAAGAAAGGGAGCUCCAGUUGAUAAGAUGUUAAUGCCACCAUUUCCACAAGUUCCUGGAAUACCUAUGUUUGAAGAUGGCACACCAGAUAUUGGUACAAUACAUUCAACAUGUAAUAUUGUUAAUUUGUCCCAAACAAGUCAAAAUAAUACUUUACCUAGUAGUGAGAUUAAUUCUGGCAUUCAAACUCCUCAUACAAUAAAUGACUAG